AGAUAUAGUCUGCGAAUCUACUAACCACAAUGACUGUCCUUUGGGCUAAAAUGCUUCGAUCGGCUUUAAUUUAUGCCUUGUUCUUGUCGCAGAGCUCGGCAGUGCAGCAUAUCCUGGCGCCAUCUCCUGCUCAGGAGCUUCCGCCGGGACUUUUAAACUCCAUGCGGCUCUAUUCUGAGUAUACUGCCGCUGCAACUUGCCCUUCAAACUUUAACUCACCAGGAUACACAAAGGUCGUUUGCGAGCCAGGGGUAUGUCCAAUGCUAGAGAAAACACAAGCCACUGUAUUCAUGGGGUUCACAAACUGGACGCCGGGAAAUACUACUGGAUACCUGGCAGUUGAUCAUACCAACCAUGUACUCGUUCUGGCUUUCCGAGGCUCCCGGACAAAAGGAAACAUACAGGUUGAUGGCCAAUAUGAGCAGGUUUCCAUACCCUGGAUCUGCCAGGGAUGUCAAGUCCAUUAUGGAUUCUAUUCUUCCUGGGAUGCUAUCUCGCAAUAUCUCCUGAGUGCCGUUAGGCGUUAUUAUAGUGUAUACCACUAUCCUAUUGUCUUCACCGGACAUAGUCUCGGGGGUGCACUGGCUGCUCUCGGUGCUGUCCUAGAGGAUUGGCCCACAGUGGUUACAUUGUAUACCUAUGGAGCUCCCGAGUUGGGAAAUUACGCUUUUGCCAACUUCACUACAAAUGCUAUCGGAGCCCAAGGGACCAAGGGAUUUGAAGUCAGAGUGACGCAUACGAACGAUCCAGUCCCAAAGGUGUUAUCCAGAGAUGAACAUAUUAGCAAGUACUGGCAGUAUAGCACAACAUCUCCGGAAUUCUGGAUUACUUCAAAGAAUCAUGUGCCCGUCUCCAAGGACGAUAUUGAGGUGUUCUAUGGCAUUGACAAUAUGAACGGAAAUCUUGGCACAAAGACCUCGGACCCGUUCGCUCAUAAUUGGUAUUUUGGCGAUAUGGCCGGUUGUACUGGAGACUGAAAAUCUUCAAAUUUGGCUGUAAAUCGGGUCGUCGGUCUUUCUUUUCCUAUUAUAGCCUGGCGCUUUCCAGUUGACGUGAUCGGAAGUCCUGCAUAG